AUGCUGCCCGGAUACGCCGAGGCGCUCUUCUCCGCCAAGGGCGACACCAAGGUGCUGGACCACUGCCAGAUGGCCAAGAACUGCCUCGCCAACAAGAUCGACGACGCGCUCUACCACCUGAUGCUCAUAAUCACCCUGGCCAGUUACAACAACCGCAUGCUCCAAGAGCUCGGCUCGAAGAGCCAACAGGACAGUCCAAGGAACUCGGACCUCACGCUCCGUUUGCAGGAAGAGCUCCUUGAGACCUUACGGGACUCAAGGACCGCCCUGAAAAGGCCGAACAACUUUCAUCGGCAUACCGCCGCCCUCCCUAGCAUAGGAUACCACCGCCACCAGUACAGAUGGCCCAUCUUUCUCAUAGCUAUCCAACUUGCUACGGAAGCCGAUCUUGAAUAA